CAAUCGAUGGCAACGCGACGGCAAUUUGCGCGAGGAACUCACGGAGAGCGAAUCCGCAAUUAAUUUCGGGUGACGUUUUCUCUCAUGUUAAGAACAAAUCGCGUUUCUCGUGUGAUCACGCGAUAGGAAGGCAAGAGUUGAAAUUGCUUUAAGUUUUUGAGAAGCAAUAUCCAUCGAAAUCGGUGUCAUAAACGUCAGCACGACAUCGAUCAGUUGAAAUCAAAGAAAAUGCGUGUGGCCGUCGUGGGCGCCGGUAUAAUAGGAGUAACGAGUGCGUUUGCAGUGAAAAGCUCGUUUCCGAGCUACGACGUAAAGAUCUUCGCCGACGCAUUCUCACCUGAUACCACUGGCGACGGAAGUGCCGGUUUAUGGAGUCCUUUUCUUCUCAGCGACACACCUGCCGAGGACAUAAAUCGAUGGGCUGGCAGCACACAUCGGUGGCUCGAGCAAUUGUGGAAAACCGGAUUAUCGUCGGAAACGGGUGUUUCCCUGCUGCCUGUAACUCGCCUUAUUAGCGAUUACGAGGAUAGCACUGAGCCAGGAUGGGCGAAACUCGUCUAUGGCUUCCAAAAAAUAAGUAACCAAAAAUUACAGCGCUUGAACGAAGAACACAAGUCUAAUUAUAAGCAAGGUUGGCAUUUUAUAACUUACACCGCCGAACCGGUUAUGUUACUGCCAUGGCUCAUGAAAAAGUUCGUUGCGUUGGGCGGAAAAGUGGAAAAAAGACAUAUUAAAAUGUUGCACCAAUUAGCCGAAGAAGGGUAUGAUCUAAUAAUAAACUGCAGCGGGCUCGGUGCACGAGAACUCGUCGCGGAUAAAACGAUGACGCCUAUCAGAGGUCAGGUGUACAGGGUAAAAGCACCUUGGGCGAAGCACUGCUUUAUGGUGGACGAUGACGCCUGCAAUUACAUCAUCCCUAAUGUCCACAACGUUGUAAUAGGCGGCACCCAUCAAGAAGGCGACUUCGAUCGCUCCGUACGAGAGGAAGACUCGAAACACAUUUAUGAUGGAUGUUGCCGCAUAAUGCCGUCUCUAAAGGAAAGUGAAAUAACGAGCGCGUGGGUGGGCUUUCGACCAGGACGACCGCGAGUUCGUCUCGAGUGCGAGAAUCUCAGCUCGCCCAUGGGAAAAGAGUUCAAGGUGAUACACAAUUACGGCCACGGCGGAAGUGGCGUGACGCUGAGCUGGGGGUGCGCCAUGGACGUCGUGGAGAUGAUAAAAAACUUGAAAGUAUCUGAAUUAAACUCCAAACUAUAACUUUUAUCCUUCGACGUGACAAACGGAGAAUCCGACACCAGCUUCGAGGAGCGACCCUGCAAGACCGCAUCUCAAAAUCGGAAAUACAUCGGUCCCGACGAUUCCUCGGACGUCUUAUCGCUUGCAAACGACAGAAUAGGUGUUGCCAAGCAUGAUUUCGAACGGUAUCAUUGGAAGAUUACCACGAACAAAGGCAGCAACACAGACGCGUUAUGCGAGGAAAGUGAUUCAGAGCGGCGCAAGGAGGAUGUGGAAGAAACGUCGAAGACCAGGAAGAAGAGAAAGCGGAGAUUUUUAACAAUCUGCACGGCGAACUGCAAGUACGACGUGGUUAGGCGCGUGGCCGCGCGAUUCGGGAUGAGGGAAGUUACGGAGGACAGCAGCUGGGAUAUCUAUUGGACCGAUUUAAACGUCAGCGUCGAACGUGCCAAGGAUAUGAGGAGAUUUCAAAGGGUCAAUCAUUUCCCCGGGAUGACGGAGAUAUGUAGGAAGGAUCUACUCGCUCGUAAUCUCAAUCGCAUGCAGAAGCUGUUCCCGAAGGACUACAACUUUUUCCCGAAGACUUGGUGUUUUCCCGCGGAUCACGGCGACGCGACGGUUUACGCCAAGACGCGGAGGUCGAGAACCUUCAUCCUCAAACCGGAUACGGGCUGCCAAGGACGCGGUAUUUAUCUAACGAAACAUUUAAAGGACAUCAAACCGAGCGAGCGUUUGAUCUGUCAAGUGUACAUCGCAAGGCCCUUCUUAAUAGACGGAUACAAAUUUGAUCUACGUAUUUACGCACUAAUUACGUCAUGCGAUCCUCUCAGGAUCUAUGUAUACAAUGAAGGGCUCGCGAGGUUUGCUACGAGCAAGUACAAGGAACCGACCGGUUACAAUAUUUCAAACAUGUUCAUGCACUUGACGAAUUACUCCGUUAACAAGUACAGCCGAAUGUACAUUAUCGAUGACGAGAUUGGUAGCAAAAGAAAAAUAUCAACGUUGAACAAAUGGUUAAAAGUGAGAGAUGUCGAUGUGGACGAAUUGUGGAGCAAGAUCGACGAGAUUAUAAUUAAAACCGUGAUCGCCGCGUAUCCCGUGUUGAAACACAGUUAUCACGCGUGUUUCUCGAUGCACAAUAAGACUUGCGCGUGCUUCGAGCUGUUGGGAUUCGACAUUUUGCUCGAUUGGAAGCUCAAGCCUUACCUACUCGAGGUAAAUCACUCGCCAAGCUUUCAUACAGAUGCACAAAUAGAUAAAGACGUGAAAGAAGGAUUGCUGAUGGACACCUUUGAUAUAUUAAAUCUACAACGAUAUGAUAAGAAGAAAAUAAUAGAAGAGGACAGGAAGCGAAUCAGAGAGCGACUUCUGCAAGGCUUAAACGGGAAGGAUAUUAGUCAAAUUAACGACACGGCAGCUUUAAUGAGAUCGGAGAGGAACGAGAACGAUUACAUGCAGAGGCAAUUUCAGUGGGAGGACGACCACAUGGGCAAUUUCCGAAGAAUUUAUCCGUGCUUCGACAAGGAUAAAUACCAGCCUUUUUUCACGCAGAAUGCCCUUUCCGUUUUUCAAGAUACAGUGGCAUCGAGAGCGCGAGAAGAAGCGUCAAGAAUAGAGAGAGAAGAGAAUGAGCUAAAAGCUCGAGAGGAAGAACGCAAACGAAUAGUCGGGAAAUGGAACGAACAAAAAUUAGGCCCUGAAAGUUCAAACGCACCGAAGAAAUUGCAGGAAAAGAGCAAAUCCGCAGGCGUGAUGAGGAAAACCAUCAAUAAACAGGACGCACAGGGAUCUCCUACCAACGCCCUGUACUCCUUCGAGCCUGAAAUCAUAUCGGAGUCCGAGGAGAGGGAACGAAUAACGGCCCUGGCGCAGAGGGAUUUUCUCAUCAAGAGCUACGGCAUGCUCGAGCAGAUAUACGUGGCGAUGAAGAGAAACGGCAUGUUACGACCCGCCGACGAGAGAAAGUAUGGAUUGUAUGGCAGGCUGGGAUUACAGGCGAACACGAGUCACAGCACAUGCUCCUCUUCGCACAAGCCCGAUAAUCGUCAAAACGGUCAUUUAAAUGCCACGCAACCAGCCGUAGACCAAUGCCUGCAAUGUUCCCUCAGAAAGAAUGAACACAAAUUGACGAAGCACCAGCGUGAGUUCAAGAAUUCGAACAAAAGCUUGUGGAUAACGUGCAAUGAGGCGAUGGUCUACGUUCGUCCGAAAAUACCGCAAAAACUGUGGACGGAGGAAAUGAGCUCUAAUAAUCACAUGGGACGGGUAACAAAAACACACGUUGCUAGAACACUGUCGAAUACCGUGCGGCUGCACACGCUCGAGAGAAGAGAAUCCUUCCAUUCGGCAAAAUCCAAGUAA